CAAUUCACAAUGAAUUUAGAGCGUCUUUAUCAGCAUUUCCUGAUGAUGCAAUUGAUGCAAUGGUGGACUCUGACUUUGCAUUAUGGUACCAACAGCAGAUCAGGUACCGUGGGAUUAACGACCCUCUGUUAGUAUCAUUAUCGUGGGGCCCUUCUUCCUAUGCAAAGGUUUGGCAUUCAUAUGUGAUAAACGGUUAUACGUAUCACACAGUCGAAUAUGGAGAAGGUCGACCAACAAUGAAAGCGGGUUAUGUGUCCCGACCAUCGGUUCUGAUAACUCGGAAACCAAUUUUUUUGGUUUCUUGCAUGAGAUUCUCGAACUUCAAAUGCCUUUUGGUUUGCAAGAAUUAACAUGCGUGUUGUUUCGCUGCACAUGGGUCGACCCUACACGUGGUGUGAGAAAAAAUUCAAAGUAUAAUAUAAUUGACGUCAACC